AUGGGGGUAGAACAGUUACAACGUCUGGUUACAGACUUACCCGUUGUGCCUUCACCUCUGCCAGCUCAAAGGCGGUUGAUGGCCCAGUGGUGUGUGCCUGAUGACGAAAUCCUCCAGUCACCGGUCUUAGAAUCGCUAGUAACUCAUUUGGACCGCGCGUUCACGCGGCUAUUCAACCAGGCGUUCCCUUCGAUCUCCGACAUGGGCCCUCGAGAUUUUUUUGGGCGUGAUCUUGCUUGGGAUAUUGCAAAAAAUGUGGACAUCAUCAGCCAACCGAGUGACUUUGGGGUUAUCCUGGCUGGUGAAUCAAUCACUGGCCAAUUCAAAUGCCUAUUUGAGGCUUUUGAGGUCUGGCAGUCCGAACAGCCCACGGAGUCCAUACUGGCCACGGCUUGCAGAAGAAGGGAGGCGGCGAACCGGGCCGCCUCACACACAUCUGCGCCGCUAUCUGUCGAAGGAGCGCACAUAGCCAAAGCUCGUUUGGAAGCCGAGAAACGCGCGCUCAAGGAAUCACGCGAUUUGGAGAGACUCCAAGCGGCACAAAGGAAGGAAGCUGAACGGUCACAGUGUGCAUCGGAAAAGAGCCAGGCAGCCGAACGCAAGAAGGAGGCCAGGGAGCUCGCGGUCGCAGCUAAGGCUCAAAAGGCAGCGGAGCUACUGGCAAAGCGUGAUGCUACAGGGAAAGGGAGGCAGGUUCCUUCUCUGAAGCGCACGGCGCCUGGUCCUGCUGGGGACAAUGGCGCGGCCGUCCCUCCAAAAAGAUUGGCGUUCACUGAGACGUUUGGCAAAAUGGCCGGUGACCGAGUCGUUGGUUUCGCAACCAAGUGCGCGGCCGCAUAG